AAAUAAAAGUAUAAUAGAAAAUCCCACGCCGUCGUCGUCACUUCUCCUGCCACACAAACUGUUUAUGUUCAUUAUCAGUCCAGUUGCCCCAACGUCUGGUCCUUUCCCAUCGGCGUUACAGCAGCAAUAAAGAAGAAGAAUUUGUACCACAAAUUUUCUACUGACCGUUCUUCGUUUUUAAUGCCUUACCAAGAGUCCCAAACCACAUAGUAUGGCGAAAGUAAUGUCUCGAUGGAUUCUCACUUCCUCCACAUCACUUCUCUUCCCGUCUACCCGCUCUCAAAAAUCGCUAGUCCCACCUCAAUCUGUUGCAGUUACAACCAAGCCGAUCCGUAGAGCACUCUCUUCAAGAAAGCCUAGUGGACUAUCGCUUGUGGCCAAGGCUGCUUCUUCUACGGCCUCCGCCGCUGUGCCUGACGACAUCGCGGAUGUGCUCGGGGAAGUUAGCAUCUUCACUGCCGCCGGAGAGCCCGUCAAAUUCAAGGAUCUAUGGGAUCAAAAGGAGGGAAUGGCUGUAGUUGCACUUCUGAGACAUUUUGGAUGUUUUUUUUGUUGGGAGUUUGCUGAAGCACUUAGAGAAUCAAAGGAGAAAUUUGACUUGGCUGGUGUGAAGCUAAUUGUUGUUGGAGUUGGUACUCCUGACAAAGCUCAAAUUCUUGCCGAAAGGUUACCAUUUCCAUUGGAUUCCCUCUUUGCUGACCCUGACCAUAAGGCAUAUGACAUUUUGGGCUUAUAUUAUGGUCUUCGCCGCACAUUUCUCAACCCAGCAAGUACCAAAGUAUUUUCAAGAGUGGAUGCUCUGAAAAAGGCUAUGAAGAACUACACUAUUAAAGCCACACCAGAUGAUAGAAGUAGUGUCUUGCAACAGGGAGGAAUGUUUGUAUUUAAAGGAAAGCAAUUAUUAUAUGCCAGAAAGGAGGAAGGGAGCGGCGACCAUGCUCCCUUGGAUGACAUCUUCAAUAUCUGCUGCAUGAAGCCUUAGGUCCGGCCAUUGUCAUCGCUCCAUUGAUCGAGUAAGAUUUUUCCAUUACCUACUGAAGAAGAUUCGACUCCAGAAAGUCUUGGUGCUCAUUUCGGUAGCAUUCCACGCCUUCUUUACUGCAUGCCAUCUAGUUAUCUAGCAUAUACAUAAAUGCAAUAUCAUCAGUGACGGUGGAAAGUUUAACUGUUUGUAUGUAUGAACAUGGACGUAGAUAAUAUAGAUGCGGAUAUAAAUACUCGUAUGGAGCCUAUACAUUACGAAUACGAAAUCUAAAUGUCCAUUCAUAUAUAUAGGUUGUAAAAUGAUUUACUCUGCUUUUACUAUGUUUCACACACUCAUAAAUUUCUUUCUGGCA